AUGGAUACUCUUUGUUGCUUCAACUCUGUUAGUAAGGCUGUUGGAUCAUGUAGCUCUGGCAAAGGCAAGAGCAAUCAGUACCCACUUAAGUAUGGUUUUUGCUUAGUUGAAGGGAAACCAGAUCACCCAAUGGAGGACUUUCACGUAGCGAAAAUCGUACAGUUCCAUGGGCGAGAGUUAGGACUUUUCGCCAUAUUUGAUGGACACUCGGGAGAUACCGUUCCUGCCUAUUUACAAAAACAUCUCUUUGCAAAUAUCUUGAAGGAAGAAGACUUCUGGACCGAUCCUAACAGUUCGAUCAUUGAAGCUUAUGAGUCAACGGAUCAGGCCAUUCUUUCUCACAGUCCUGACUUGGGGCGAGGAGGAUCGACUGCAGUGACUGCCAUUCUUAUAAACAAUCAGAAGUUAUGGAUAGCAAACGUUGGAGAUUCGCGAGCAGUUCUGUCGAGGAAAGGGGCCGCUAUACAGAUGAGCAUUGAUCACGAGCCCAAUACUGAAAGACGCAUAAUCGAGAAUAAAGGCGGCUUUGUUUCAAACCUUCCAGGAGAUGUUGCGAGAGUGAAUGGACAGCUUGCAGUUUCUCGAGCAUUCGGAGACAGAAACCUGAAGUCACACUUGCGAUCUGAUCCAGACGUACAACCCGACGAUAUCGAUCAAGAUACUGAGCUCUUGAUACUUGCUAGUGACGGCCUAUGGAAGGUAAUGGCGAACCAAGAAGCAGUUGAUAUUGCAAUAAAGAUAAAAGAUCCACAAAAAGCAGCUAAACAUUUAACUGCAGAGGCAUUGAAAAGAGAGAGUAGGGAUGAUAUUUCAUGCAUUGUAGUUCGUUUCAAGUGA